CCACAGAGCAACCAUCGCCCCACCUACUCUGUCAUUAAGGAUCCCUUUUUUUUCUUUUCGUUUUCCUUCACGUUUUACACCACACACUGCAAAAUCUCAGAUCUCUGAAAAAUCUUCAUCGCCGUUCAUCGAAAUCUCCGCCGCUAAACUUCUCUCCGGCCUCCUCCGCUCCGAUCCUUCCUCUAAUGCGUCUCUCCGAUGGCAUUCGACGGUGCCGCUACCUUAUCCGGCAAUCUCAGGCGUAGACACGGCGACGACGGAGGAAAGAUGGCGAAGAAGGAGUGCGGCAGCGGCGGCGGCCGUGGCUACUGCUACCAAGGGAUCGGGAAGGCGUCGUGUAUGAGAUGGACGGCGGAGGAUGUGGUGCACGUGGCGAGGUACCAUUGGAUACCCUGCGUAUUCGCCAUGGGUUUGCUGUUUUUUAUGGGCGUGGAGUACACGCUCCGGAUGGUUCCGCCGGCUUCUCCACCGUUCGAUUUGGGGUUUGUGAUGACGCGCCCGCUCCAUCGCGUGCUCUCCUCCUGGCCCCAGCUCAACACGCUGCUGGCCGCUCUCAAUACGGUAUUCGUGGGAAUGCAAACGAGCUACAUAUUAUGGGCAUGGCUCAUCGAAGGGAGACCACGGGCCACCAUCUCCGCCUUGUUCAUGUUCACUUGCCGUGGCAUUCUUGGCUAUUCCACUCAACUUCCACUCCCUCAGGGUUUUUUGGGAUCGGAGAUGGAUUUUCCGGUCGGUAACGUAUCCUUCUUCUUAUUCUUCUCCGGGCACGUGGCCGGAUCGGUGAUAGCAUCGUUGGACAUGCGGCGGAUGCAGCGGUGGGGGCUCGCCUGGACAUUCGACUUCCUCAACCUCCUCCAAGCUAUUAGGUUGUUGGGUACCAGAGGUCACUACACCAUUGACUUGGCCGUCGGCGUUGGCGCCGGAAUUCUUUUCGAUUCCCUUGCCGGACACUAUGAAGCCACACAGAACUCCAAGAACCUUGAUACUCAGUUACCUAAAACUUUUGCUUAAUUGCUUAACCCAAAAAGGACAGAUUAGGCUACACCCUAGAGCCCCAUCAAUGGAAACUUUUCCAUUAGUGUCUUGGACUUUGACAACGUUCUUUUAAGUAUCCUAAAUGUGUGUUCUUUUAAAUAAUUAUUUAGAACUACUUCUCUAAUUAUUAUUUUUAUUUUUUAUUUUUGCUAGGAGCCUAAUAGGACUAGGGAUAUAUCGAAAACUAUUUGUUGUAUGGAUCUAAAUUUUAUGUUAGAGGUUGUAUAAGCGUCAUUUUGAACAAAUUGGUAUGUAAUUACUACAUAUGUUUUGAUGUUAAAUAGGUUAUAUUACGAGUUUUAUCAUUA